AUUAUGGGCAGGGCAGUGGGUACGAUCACGGGUGUAGAUGACAGCAACAUGAGUCAUGUCAUCCGUUCUCCUUCGCUCUUUCUCUGAAGCUAUCUGCGCGCUGCCGGCAAAAAUGUCUUUUGCUGUGAUAGACACUCAGCCGAAACGAAAUCCUGCUCCCCUGGAUCAUGGAGGAAGAUCCAUGGAAGACAUUUCUGACGACUAUUUCUCAACGAUGAGCCCCAUCGGACGAAAACUCAUCACCGAGAAACGGAAAUGCAUGGACUCGCAUCGAAGAGAUUGGGAGCGCUUGACUCAGAAAGAAAAAGACACCAUCUUAGAUGAAUGGUUCAUUGACCCCAAAAUUCAACUAAGAUACGAGUUGAAAUUGGGAAAGAAAUCUGCAGAUGGUGCUCCGGAAUGUUUUCCUCGGCUAAAAGUUCAUGGCGGGGGAAAGGAGGUUCACUAUUCAGAACAGGACGAUGGUUCUCACUCUCAGAAUCAAAGCAAAGAGACUGUUUCCUGGAAGGAUGAAUUUUCUGGGCCAUUUUGUUGGGAAACAAAGUGCCAACAAGAGCUGACCAUCUUGGCUACUGACACCAUCUCAGCCUCCUCGAUCCCUUCUCCAUCCAUCCAUGACCUCAUCAAAGUCACCGAUCCUGAGGUCGAGACUGAUGCCGAGUGGUUUGCCAAGAGCAACAAGGACAAGGACAAGAACAAGUUGUCUGUCAUGCUGAUGCGAGAUGUCAGCAACCGCAGCAGCCUGGGGAACAACCUCCUGGCGUCCAGCUCGGAGAGACUCGCCUUUGAUCAGGCAGUCAACACUGCCUUGGCCAGCAAGCCCAAACCUAAGGACAAGGCUUCCACCAAUAACAACGACAAUGGCGAGAGGAAAUCCAGCCAGGGGUCCGUUGAGGGCAAGAAGAAGAACACACCACCAGAGCCUUCCGAGAAGACCAAAUCAGCACCGCCGACAUCCUUGAGGCAGAAAAGUAGUUCCAAAAGCUCAUUGAACAAGGAGCCCGACAGAAAAAUUGCAAGUGGAGGCAAGGUAAAGGACAAGAAUAAGAAUGGCCUCCCUCCUUCAUCUCCCAGGAGAGACAGUGGCUCGAAGAGCAGUGAGUCAAAGAGCAGUGAGUCAGCCUCUCCAAGGAGAGAUUCAGGAUCCAAGGCCGUUGGGUUGGGCUCCCCGAGGAGGGACAGUGCCUCGAAGAAGAAGAGUGAGAAGAAGCAACUGCUCCCUGCGGGCUUUCUGACAGAGUUGGAACUGAAGGUGCAGGACAAUGUAAACUUUGACCCUGGAGUGCAGAAGGACCAACAUGGGCAGGGUGAUGCGGAGGCCGGAGGGUCUCCAAAAGACCAGGAAGCAGAAAGUUAUGAGUUUCUCUUUGACUGGUAAAA